UCUCCAUUUUCAUCAUAAGCAACUAUUUAAAGGAAAGAUAAACCAAAUUCCUUUUGUUCUGGAUGGAGGAAAUGGAGAUCAGAAGAGGAAGAAAUAACAAUCAAAGUCUCUUCAUCUUGUCUUUUCUCUUCGGGGUUUUUGAAUCUUGCACGUAUCUUCAACAUAUAAAGUAAAAUCUGUGUUGUAAACUGAAUAGAUCGAUCAAUCGAAACCUAACAAAAGAAGUAAUAUGAUUUGAUGCGGUUGGAGGGAUAUGGAAUUUAGAAUGGAACCUGGCAAGAACAGCAGCAACCUGCAGAGUUCGAGCUCUCUGACCAUAGGUGAGCGUCUUUGCGCGGUGGUUAUACCAUUUAUCGCCUUAAUCGAAGCUGUGAUAUUCACCUUAGGUGAUUGCUUCGACUGCCGACGUCCUCCAGGGAAGCAUCUUUUCCGAUUUCCUGACAUUACUCAACUCGCCAAGGAGAGUCCAUUUACGAUUAACGAAGUGGAAGCACUGCACGAGCUGUUCAAGAAGCUGAGUAGCUCCAUCAUUGACGAUGGCUUCAUACACAAGGAAGAGCUCCAAUUGGCAUUAUUCAGAUCUCCAUCUGGCGAGAAUCUUUUUCUGGAUAGGGUUUUUGAUCUUUUUGAUGAAAAGAGAAAUGGUGUUAUUGAAUUUGAUGAAUUUGUCCAUGCACUCAGUGUCUUCCAUCCUCAUACUCCAUUGGAAGAAAAAAUUGAUUUUGCGUUCAGGCUGUAUGAUCUGAGACAAACAGGGUAUAUUGAGCGGGAAGAAGUUAAGCAGAUGGUAAUUGCUAUCUUGUCGGAGUCUGAAAUGAAUCUGCCGGAUGAACUUGUGGAAGUAAUUAUUGAUAAGAUGCAGAUGCUGACAUGGAUGGGAAAAUCAGCAAAGAAGAAUGGAAGGCUUUUGCCUUACGACACCCCAACCUUUUGAAGAACAUGACUCUCCCUUAUCUGAAGGACAUCACCACAGUAUUUCCAAGUUUUGUUUUUAACACAGAGGUUGAGGACUGAGAAUUUCAAUUUGCAUGCUCAAGACUAUCAAGGAGUUUCUGGGAACUUGGGGUCCGUAUGUAUGAUCACCUGGGGCUGCCAUUGAAGCUGAAUCUUUGCUUCAUAACGGUUUGUGAUGUCUGUUGAAGGCUUGAAGCCAUACUCAUCAUCUUUGCAGUUGGCAGAGGUAAUUGGAUCUGCAAAAUGCAGGUGAAACCACAUUUGUUGCGCACUCAAAUUCCUUACCCUCGUUAUUGAAGGUCCCGCGGAGGAUAAAUAUCUGGCCAAUUUCACGGUCAUUGAUUUAAUUGAGUUUUGUGUUGUACAGGAUUAGAAUUGCUGAUUAUGGAUUUCCCGCUUCUGUAUAGUUUCAAUAUGUUUCAUUUUUAUUCCUUUUCCUCCCAAGAAUCUGUCACAUGAUCAAUGGGAAGAGCAAAAUAGUCGAUGCCCUUUGUAAUUUGUAUUUCUCUGAUCCCGCCGGGGUCUGAUAUCAGCUUCCAAAUUUGAGAAUAUUUUGUCCGGGAGGUCACGACAGAGGUAUUUUUAUGUGAAUUGGGUGCAGCAAAGAUUUGCAAAUGAGAAAUGUGUGCAUGCUCAUUCAGACUUGCAAACUCUUUGGAUGCAUGUUUUAUUUUUUAUUUUAUUUUUUUUUUUAGUUUUGGCUUGUAUGUUUGUGUGGGGAUUGUGGAUAAUAACCCAAAGAAAAUUGCUAAUUGACAUAUGUUGUUAUUUUCA